AUGGCCACCUUUUCUCGCCUCGUCCGCUUCCUAGCCCGGGAUGGCCGCACCUACUACGGAGACGCCAUCCUGCCCCGCGGGAUCAGCGACAUCAGCAAGGCUCGCCAGGCCCGCAUCAUCACCGGCGACAUCUUUGGCAAACACGAUGUUACCGACCAGGUCGCCGACAUCCGGACGCUCCUGGCCCCCCUGGCCCCGGAAGAUGUCCGGACGGUGCGGUGUCUGGGGUUGAACUACGCCGCUCACGCAAAGGAGUCCAACAUGCCCAUCCCACAAUACCCCGUCAUCUUCUACAAACCCGCCACCUCCCUCACCGGCCCGACCGACCCCAUCCCCAUCCACCCCCUCGCGCAGCAGCACACCGGCCUGGACUACGAAUGCGAGCUGGUCGUGGUCAUCGGCAAGCGCUGCGCCGACGUGUCCGAGGCCCGCGCCCUCGACCACGUGCUGGGCUACGCCGUCGGCAACGACGUCUCGCACCGCGACUGGCAGCUGAAGCUCGGCGGCGGGCAGUGGUCCCUGGGCAAGGGGUUUGAUGGCUGGGCGCCGUUCGGGCCGGGGAUUGUGAGGGCUGUUGGUGGUGGUGGUGGUGUGGAGGGGGGGAUUAAGGAUCCGCAGGGGUUGGGGAUUCGGACGAGGGUGAAUGGGAAGGUGGUGCAGGAUAGUACGACGGCGGAUAUGGUGUUUGGGGUGGCGAGGACGGUGGCGUUUUUGAGUCAGGGGACGACGUUGAUGCCGGGGGAUGUUAUCUUUACGGGGACUCCGCAGGGGGUUGGCAUGGGCAGGAAGCCGCAGGUGUGGUUGAAGGAUGGCGAUGUUGUCGAGGUCGAGCUCGACGGCGUCGGAACUUGCACGAACAAGGUCGAGUUCAGCCCUGCGAGGGAUGCCAAGCUGUAA